GACAAGUAGUUGAAAACUUGAAGAACAAGAAGAACGGAACGUAUUGGAUUGGACGGAAUAUAUAAAAACAAUGAACGAGAGGUUAUUAUGUGUGUUGGACUAAAUUCGUUUUAUUUUGUUUUUAAUAGCUAGGCCUGUAUAAGUUUUGCUGUUUCAUUUUCAUAUAUUUGGAUCAUUGUCGUCUGUAUGGGAAGUUCUGCAUCACGAAGAAUGGAAGACAGUUUGUCAAGAUCACGGGCAGAAGAUCCUAGUGUUUCAGAUUUGGCAGCAAUUUUGCACUAUUUAAUACGCAGGUUGUGUGGUGGUCAAGUCCACAUCAUCAGCACGAAUCACGACGACAGCGACGAGGAGUUCGUGGCUGCUGCCAGUCCUCCUCGUAUUGAACACACUCCAAACACGAAGAACCUGCAGAAAAGUGAAAUAACUCUGAUAACGAAACAGUCAUGUGGUUUACUUCAAUCCAAAGGCAGAAAGAAACCAAAAUCAACAACUUCCAUGAUAUUCUCGAGAGAGUCAGGUGUGUUUGGAGAUGGAGCUUUCACUCGUGGAGACAGAUGCAGGAUUACCAACAACCUCCUCCCACACACCAAAGUGCACACUGUCAAGCACCGGAACAAGAUGUUUUGUGGCAUAUACUCUUCAGACGGCCAGCAGUUUGUCACUGCUUCACAAGAUCGUUUCAUCAGACUAUAUCAGACUGGCAGCGAGGGGCUGAGAGAGGUGAGUCACAUUCAAGCACGAGAUGUCGGCUGGAGUAUCCUAGACACGACAUUCAGUCCUGAUGGCCGGUCCAUCGUAUACUCCAGUUGGUCUGAAAGUUUACAUCUCUGCCGAUUGGCUGACCCUGAGAACCACGAAGCUCUCCCGCUGUGCCCUGAUGACCGCAGGUUUUGUAUAUUCUCUACUGUUUUCUCUUCAGACGGUAGAGAAAUUCUAGGCGGAGCUAAUGACGGGUACCUCUACGUAUAUGACUUGGAGUGCAACCAGAGAGCUUUGAAGAUUGAUGGACAUGGAGAGGAUGUAAACACAGUGGCGUUUGCUGACAGUACAUCACAGAUUCUGUACAGUGGAGGGGAUGAUGGACUCUGUAAGGUGUGGGACAGACGUACAUUGAACGAGACCAGCCCCAAGCCCGUGGGAGUGUUAGCAGGACACAUGGACGGUAUCACUUACAUAGACUCCAAGGGUGACAGCCGCUACCUGCUCUCCAACAGUAAGGACCAGAGCAUCAAGCUAUGGGACGUCAGGGUGUUCUCGUCAGACGACGCGCAGGAGUACACACGCCGUGUGGUCUCACAGCAGAAUUGGGACUACCGCUGGCAGAAGGCACCCCGUAAACUGACAAACGCAAAAGACAACCUGGAAGGUGACACUUCUGUGAUGACUUACCGAGGUCACUCAGUACUACAAACUCUCAUUCGUUGCCACUUCUCUCCAGCCCAGACCACUGGCCAGAGGUUCAUUUAUACAGGCUGUGCUUCUGGCAGAGUUGUAGUGUAUGAUUUGCUGACAGGAGAGAUUGUGAAGGCACUGAAAGGCCACAGUGGCUGUGUACGAGAUGUUUCUUGGCAUCCCUAUCGUCCUGAAAUUGCCAGCACUUCGUGGGAUUACUCCGUAGUAGUGUGGGGCUACAAGGAUACUGAGUCUGAUGAGGAGGAAGACCCAGUGCCCAAGAAAGUGCGUAGGAGUCCACGCAUCGCAGAGCAGCAGCGUAAGAGAAGCGAACAUCUCAACCCCUCUGUUACCUUUACUGUGAAGACUUGAGGGACUGGUAUCUUCAUCAGUAAGCAGAAGGGGAUUUGUAUUAUAAGCUGUUUUAAAGUAAAAUUAUGUUGUUCAUAUAUUUAAUUGGAUAUCACAAUUAAGUAAUGCUGUAACAUGUAAAUGCUACUUUUAUAUAAUAUUAUUCUGAAAGGAAAUUAUUUUAUAAUAUCACUUAAAUUUGUAAAAUAUGAACUAUUAAAUAUUAUAAUAAUCAGA